GAGGUCCCGUCGCGACUCCUGCGCAGAGGUGCGUAGAGCUGCCAGCCACGCUACUACCGUAGAGAUGGCGCCCCAUAUACCUUUUCUCUCGCGAUUACAUAUCCGCGAGUAUAUUGCUUUGUUUUUGUCCAUCUGCCUCAUUGGCCUCGAGUCCUUCAUCGCCCUCAUCACACUCGCCCUCCCGACCCCGAUUAUUAAGCUAUGUUAUCGCCUCACGCGCCGCCUGUUCAACCACCUCUCCUCGCCCUCAUCGAAGCGCUCGCGUGAUAAGAAAAAGGGCGUCUGGAGCUCCAUCGCCAAUGCUUCCGACUUUACAGAGCUAUGUGAGCUCUACGGAUACUACUGCGAGGAGCACAUUGUGCAGACGGGGGAUGGAUACCUCUUGGGUCUGCACCGAUUGGGAUGGCGACAGGGGGAGGAAGAUGUUCGGGUCAACAGCGGAGACAAGGGCAAGAGUGUGAAGAAGAAGGUCGUCUACCUGCAUCACGGCCUCAUGAUGAACAGUGAGGUCUGGGUGUGUCUGACGGAUAAGGAGCGAUGCUUGCCCUUUGAGCUCGUCGAGCGCGGCUACGACGUCUGGCUCGGAAACAACCGCGGAAACAAGUACUCGAAGAAGAGCAUACAUCAUCCACCGACCUCAAGCGCCUUUUGGAACUUUAGUAUGGACCAAUUUGCUUUUCACGACAUCCCCGACUCGAUCUCGUACAUUCUGGAAACGACUCACCAGCCCUCUUUGUCAUACAUUGGCUUCUCGCAAGGCACGGCGCAGGCUUUUGCGACGCUAUCGAUACACCCAACAUUGAACGAGAAGGUGGACGUGUUUAUUGCUCUGGCGCCAGCCAUGUCGCCAAAGGGUGUUGCGUCUGGCAUUGUCGACUCCUUUGUCAAGGCCUCCCCGGACAUUCUAUACCUGGCUUUUGGUCGCAAGACUAUCCUCCCUUCCGCGACUAUGUGGCAGUCAAUCCUAUACCCACCCAUCUUUGUUCGCAUGAUUGACAGUUCCCUACGGUUCCUUUUCAACUGGACGGCUGUCAACAUCACGGCGGAGCAAAAGCUUGCAGCCUACCCACAUCUCUACUCGUACAGUUCAACCAAGAGCGUAGUUCAUUGGUUUCAAAUCAUCCGCAACGGCACGUUCCAGAUGUACGAUGAUGAGGCGCCGAACCCAAUCAUCUCGAACCGGUCCAAGUACUACAAGGUCGCCAAGUUCCCUACCAAGAAUAUCAAGACACCAAUCGUACUCGUAUAUGGAGGAUCCGACAGUCUUGUCGACAUUGCCGUGAUGCUCAAGGAGCUUCCUCCUCACACCAUCGCAAAGGAGAUCCCGCAUUACGAGCAUCUCGACUUCCUGUGGGCUGAGUCGGUCAACACCCUCGUCUUCCCACAUGUCUUCGAGGCGCUAGACGAGUUUGCGAGUUCAGAUACACCAGAAGGCCAGAAAGAGCGGCGGUGGCGAUCACCAGGGCGACCCCGGAGUCUCCUGCCACCUGGGCCAGACAACGAGGAUGAUGAUGGAGGAGACGAAACCAGAAGACGAUCCAGUUUCAACAGCCACGAAAGUGCGAAGAGCAUGACGGGGAAGUUUGGAGCUACGGGUAUCACGCUUGGCGCUGGAAAGGCUAUUAGUGCCGUUUCGCCGGGUGAGGGCCGUGGCGAGGGAAGCGGGGGCAAGAAUGAUAGAGAGAGGUUGAUAGAGAAUGACAGGAAACACAGGAGGAACGUGUUGAGGAAGAAACCUCCAGUCACCACCUGA